ACGACAUGGAAAUCGGACUUGACACAAGACACAAGUCAUUCAAUCAGCACAAGGAUGGAGCAUACAUUUCAGUUAGCACGUUUCCAGACGAGCGUUCCGUCACACCACUCGUCCGUUCCUAGAGUCCAGAUAGAGCCACACCGCAUUAAACGACCUCAUACAAAAUCGCGUCAUGGCUGCUUCAACUGCAAGGCCCGAAGAGUCAAAUGUCAAGAAACGCAGCCUCACCCUUGUGCCAACUGCAUCGGCCGGAACAUGCUGUGUAUAUACCCUUCAAAAGACCAAUCGCUGCGUCGUCGACAUGCCAGUCCACUUGGUGGCCACUAUAGACGACAGCCGCCAAGGAGCCAUGCCUCUUCGUCAAGUUACGCUACAACACCAUCGUCUUCAACCGAGUCAGCAGUGGCAUUGAGCUCACAGCAGUCUGUAGUACCUCACACCUUCACUGCGGACGACUUACGAUUCUUUCAUCAUUUCUUGAUAGCUGCAUAUCCGCAUCUCCCAUUUGGAAGUGAGGACCUAUGGAAGACGAGCCUUCCGGCUUCUGCGCACGAGUGCCCACAUCUAAUGCACGCAAUCCUAUGUUUAGGAGCCACGCAUCUCUCCUUAGUCACACCAGAUGGAAGUAGAUAUACAACUCUAGCUGUCACCCACCGAGGCCAGGCGCUGAGAACGCUAGGUAACGAGUUAGCCAAAGGAGACCAAUGCAGCAAAACCGAGCUGGAUCUCAUGCUCGCAACAGUAUACGCGCUCACAUUCCAGGCCAACUAUAUGGCAGACGGAUUAUUUGAUUUCGCCAUCAUGGUCCGAGGUUGCGGUAUCAUAACACGGCGGAUCCUGAACAAAUACAAAAGAAGCGAUAUGUUCACAUUGCUCACAUCAGAUGUUAUCAUUACCGACAUCGUGCCACAACUUCCUCACACGCCAUAUGCCGACACCGAGGAUCUGAACAGAUCUAUCGAGACAUUGCAAAGCAUCGAACCAUUGUUAGUGAGCAAUGGUCACCGCAAUGCUUACAGAGCUUUAUUGGAUACGUAUCACGCAUUGAAAUCUUCGGCGCGCGACGGCUUUGUUGCUUUUACGGGGUUCUAUGAUGACUGGGGGAGAAUGAGUAAUCGGGAGUUUAUGGAGUUUCUGGAUCCGGGGAAUUAUGUCUCGCGUCUUUUGUUUUUGCAUUAUGUGGUGGUGUCGAUUAUGUUGCGGCCGGUGUUUUGGGUUCUGAGGAAACCGAGAUUGUUGGUGUGUCCGAAGGAUGAGCUGCCGCUGUUGCAGAGGGGUGUUUAUAUUCAUGAGUGCUUGCCUUCUGAGGUACGUGGGUUGGUAGAGUGGCAGUUUCGUUUUAUCACCUUGGAUAGGGCUUCGAUUGAAGAUCCAGGCUUGAGAUCGUCUGUGAUGGAGGACCCAUCUGAAUUGAAUAUGGUAUAGAUUGCAAGAUGGUUGUAUUAGAUUGAC